UUGCUCUUUAAAAGUCUUUCUCUCUCUCUCUCUCUUAACAAUUUUCACAGAAAAUUUUGCAAUUCCUGUGUCUUUGAUCGAACACCCAAAUACCCUCUUCGCCAAUUCGUAUCAAUUCCUAAUCUUACUUUCCCACAUUUUCUCUCGAACUUUUCCUUCCAUUUUCUCGGGAAAAAAGAAGGUAGGUGUACAUGACCUGCACACUGCAGUCGCCAAGGUGUCAGCUUUUUCUCUCCAUGUGAGUGGCGCCUGAAAACGACGCAGUUUCAACUUUUCCUGAAGCUAUCGUUUCUCACAAUGCGCAGGGGAAUCUCAGUCUUUCGAGGCUCUUGGAAGCUCAUUUUGAAUAUACAAUAAAAAGCUAUUUUUUUUUAAGACACUGUAUGUGAACCCUAGUUUUGGUCAAAAAGGGUAACCCAUUUUGCUGAGUUUGAUGGAGUUCGUGUUCGUGUUUGUAAAACCCGAAGUGCGUAUUGUUUUCUAGGGUUUUGGGCUGAUUUGAAAUCUGGGUUUCAGAGAAAAAUGGGGGGUUUCGUGUUGUGGGAUUUUGAUGGUUUUGAGGUUUUAGUACUUAAACCGAGUGAUUUUGAAUGAACCUUAGGAUUGGUGGGGCUGUAAAAAUUGUGGAAUUGAAGGGUGGAAAAGUGAGAUCUGUGUUGGGAGCUUGAGGGGGCCAGGUCAAUGAAUAUACCUAGAGGAAGUGAGAAUUUUAUAUUUUUCUAAUGGAUUUUGGUUUCUAGGGUUUUAGGAGUGAUUUUGAGCGUCAAACGAUCAGAAAAAAUGUGUGUUUCCGAGGAUUUUGCUGGUGGGUUUUGGAUGAUUUUGAGAGAUGGUUUGGAAGUUUGAGGAUUUGAAAGAAACUCCACAAGGUGGCUGGUACAAUUGGGAAAUUUGGUUGAAUUUGAGCUCAAAAAGUUGGGAUCUUUGGGUUGAACCAAAGGAGGAGUUCUAUUUUAUCAAUGUCGGGAGCUCCAAGAGUGAGGUCUAUGAAUGUGGCUGAUUCGGAGGAGGCGAGGCCAGUGCUUGGUCCUGCCGGGAAUGGGAACAAGACAGGGUCGUUGAGUGCACGAAAACUUGGCUUGAAACCAUUGAGAAAGGUCGAGAAAUCGGCUGGGGAGGCUACAUUGGCCGAAGAUAAGAAAGCCCGAAUCUCGUCUACUGUUACUACUUCCUCCCCUCAGCUGCAUUCUGCCAAUGUUCCUACAGUGCUUCGCCGGCACGAGCAGUUGUUGCAUUCCAAUUUGUCAUUAAAUGCUUCGUGUUCCUCCGAUGCUUCUACGGAUUCUUUUCAUAGUCGGGCGUCUACUGGCAGGUUGAUUCGAUCGAAUAGUGUAGGGAGUAGGCGGAAGCCGUAUCCUUCGAAGCCGAGAAGUGUUGCUUCUGAUGGUAGUUUGGAGUCUCCACCUGAUGGUUUGCAGACUAAGAAGAGGUGUGCGUGGGUGACACCAAAUUCGGACCCAUGCUAUGCUGCUUUGCAUGAUGAGGAAUGGGGAGUUCCAGUACAUGAUGACAAGAAAUUGUUUGAGCUGCUUGUCCUUUCUGGUGCUUUGGCUGAACUUACAUGGCCUGUCAUUUUAAGCAAAAGGCAUAUCUUUAGGGAAGCAUUUGCAGAUUUUGAUCCGGUCACUGUCUCAAAAUUGAAUGAAAAGAAGAUGAUAGCACCAGGAAGCACUGCAAGCUCCCUUUUAUCAGAGCCAAAGCUACGUGCUAUCAUUGAGAAUGCACGGCAAAUAUCUAAGGUCAUAGAUGAGUUUGGGUCAUUUGACAAUUAUAUCUGGAGCUUUGUGAACCACAAGUCCAUAGUUAGCAGAUUCCGAUACUCUCGCCAAGUUCCAGUGAAAACUCCGAAAGCAGAUGUGAUAAGCAAAGACCUGGUGAGACGGGGAUUCCGGAGUGUGGGCCCCACCGUCAUCUACUCAUUCAUGCAGGUAGCAGGAAUAACAAAUGACCAUCUCAUCAGUUGCUUUAGAUUCCAGGAGUGUAUAGAUGCAGCAGAAGGUAAGGAAGAGAAUGGCAUCAAGGAUAAGGCCGAAGAGACAAACCCCGCUAAUGCGAUCGAAUCAGAACUCUCCAUUGCCAUUGAUGAAUUGAGUUUCUCCUCAGAAUGAUGAACCAAAUGUCUCGGUCGGUGGCAGGUGGAGGUCCACACUCAAUCGUCAGUUUACCUUGUUGAUAUUCACGGCUACUCUUGCACUGGGUAGUAAUGGAGCUGAUGUUGUGUAUAAAAUUUCAUGCAUCAUCAUGGAUUCCUAGAUUGUAGAUUACUAAAGUGAAUUAAUUUAACUGAUGAUUGUGCUGUCAAUGGGGCUUGUCCAGAGCGCCUUCAGAAUUCCAUGUACAAUGUUUUGUACAGUUUAAAAGGUUCGUGAUUAGAUU